AUUUCCAUGUGUUCCACACGCAAUCGAAGUCACAUUUGAUUGGCUGAGGUUUUGUUGAUUGACACGAGAUCACGUCAAGAAGCCAAAUCGGAGUCGGGAUCAUUCAUAAGUAAUGUCAUCAGUCCGCGAAUAGGCCAUGUUGAUGUGUGAAGACCCCUUUUGAGCAUUUCGUCAGUUUAUGAGCAUAAAAGCAUCCGCGGGAAAUAGAGUGGAAACACAUGUCUAUAACAAGGCCUCCAGGGUACGCAAGCGUCUGGGAAUAGCUACGGUAGCAGAAAUGGAGUAUCCCUUUGUUCCUCAGGGAGGAAGCGGGGUGUAUAUGGAUCCAACGGUCAUAAGAAGUGCUGCCGCGGUGAACUCUGGGAUCGAUGCCCUGUCAGUUGAUCCUAACUUCGAUAUCGCUGAGCUCCCGGUUAAGCUCGAGCUGCGUUAUGUAAUUGAGUCAAAGCGCGCGGCGAAUGGCCUGGACUGCCCAAAGAUCGAGUACAACUCAUCGCCACAGUACGAAGAGCUAACGCCCGAGGAGGAAACCAGGAGAAAAGUCCGUCGACAAAGAAACAAAGUCGCAGCAUCAAAAUGUCGGCUAAAGCGAAGAGAACAUGUCAAGAACCUGCUUAAGGCCUCUGAGGAGCUGGAAUCUGCAAACAGUAAACUGGAAUCAGACAUUGCCUGCCUGAACGCAGAGAAAGAACAGUUAGAGCGAAUGCUUGACGCCCACAAGUGCAUAUCUAAAGCUGAGAUUGGCGCAAGUCGCGGACCAGCAUAGACCGCAGACGCGGCUACAUUCUAGAUCACGUGACUUGUAAGUAAUAAGCUCUGGUUAACACAAAGAAACGUUUGCUACGUUAGAUACAUCUCUACACUAGGUAACCAGGGUAACAUCGGACAUGACGACAUCGACAACAGACAUAGCUGCCAAUAAUCCUCCAAGUGAGCGGUGGCGGAAAAUAAGGACAGCCACAACAGACGUUAUCUGCGGACCUCAUGCGGACGGGAACAAAUAACGUAAGCUCUAAGAGAAGCUAGCAUGGUACUUAACGACAAACAUAAGAGACGAUGAGAACAAAUCAAUUUGACAUUCCAUUAACAGACGAUAUCAGAAAGAAACUAGUCAUUGAUAGACUUUGACUCGACAUCGUUAAACGGAAACAGACUGAAGCUAUAUACCGACAUACGACUGGGACUCAGCAUUGACGGUCGACACAAGGAACCAGCCGACUUAGAAAAAAAGGUUAAAAUAAGCGACAGACGACGCUGAGACACAACUUUGACUAACGUUACGAGUCGAGCCACUCUCGAUAAAAGACGAGCCACUCUUAAUACAAGACCAGCCAAUCUCAAUACAAGACCAGCCACUCUUAAUAUACAAGACCAGCCACUCUCAAUACAAGACCAGCCACUCUCAAUACAAGACCAGCCACUCCAAAUACAAGACGAGCCACUCUCAAUAUACAAGACCAGCCCCCAGCCCCUCUCAAUACAAGACGAGCCACUCUUAAUACAAGACCAGCCACUCUUAAUAUACAAGACCAGCCCCUCUCAAUACAAGACGAGCCACUCUUAAUACAAGACCAGCCACUCUCAAUACAAGACCAGCCACUCUCAAUACAAGACGAGCCACUCUCAAUACAAGACGAGCCACUCUCAAUACAAGACCAGCCCCUCUCAAUACAUGACGAGCCACUCUCAAUACAAGACGAGCCACUCUCAAUACAAGACGAGCCACUCUCAAUACAAGAUCAGCCACUCUCAAUACAAGACGAGCCACUCUUAAUAUACAAGACCAGCCCCUCUCAAUACAAGACCAGCCCCUCUCAAUACAAGACCAGCCACUCUUAAUAUACAAGACCAGCCCCUCUCAAUACAAGACGAGCCACUCUCAAUACAAGACCAGCCCCUCUCAAUACAAGACGAGCCACUCUCAAUACAAGACCAGCCACUCUCAAUACAAGACGAGCCACUCUCAAUACAAGACCAGCCACUCUCAAUACAAGACCAGCCCCUCUCAAUACAUGACGAGCCACUCUCAAUACAAGACCAGCCACUCUCAAUACAAGACGAGCCACUCUCAAUACAAGACCAACCACUCUCAAUACAAGACCAGCCACUCUCAAUAUACAAGACCAGCCACUCUUAAUAUACAAGACCAGCCACUCUUAAUAUACAAGACCAGCCACUCUUAAUAUACAAGACCAGCCACUCUUAAUAUACAAGACACCAUCCACUCUCAAUACAAGACCAGCCACUCUCAAUAUACAAGACCAGCCACUCUCAAUACAAGACCAGCCCCUCUCAAUAUUCAAGACCAGCCACUUUCAAUAUACAAGACCAGCCACUCUCAAUACAAGACCAGCUACUCUAAAUACAAGACCAGCCACUCUCAAUACAAGACCAGCCACUCUCAAUACAAGACCAGCCCCUCUCAAUAUUCAAGACCAGCCCCUCUCAAUAUUCAAGACCAGCCACUUUCAAUAUACAAGAGUAGCCACUCUCAAUACAAGACCAGCCACUCUCAAUACAAGACCAGCCACUCUCAACACAAGACCAGCCACUCUAAAUACAAGACCAGCCCUUAUCAAUAUUCAAGACCAGCCACUUUCAAUGUGAGAUAAAAACCAACUCGCCUAAGAGCCAACCCGGAACUUUUAGUCCUCCUAGGUGUGGAAAAAAGGCGAAUGCCAAACUUUGAAUAUCUGGGGAAAAAUCUCUAAAUACAAGACCAGCCCCUCUCAAUAUUCAAGACCAGCCAAGGAACGUCACCAACGACAAAAGACGACUUUAACCCCGACAAAAUACGCAAAACAUUCCACGGUGAGGCGGGACAGGGCAGAUACCAAAUCGACACAAACUAAAGGAGAAGGCAGGAAGGUCAGACGUCAUGCUUUUUCAUUGUUAUUUACUCCUUUAUUGCUUCUUUUUUACUUUUCAUAUUUUUGUAACUUUGCGUCAUUUCAACAAACUUUGUACUUUGUACUUGCGACUGGCAAAAUGGGCGACGGCUCGGUAGCGCCUGGAAAUAGUGACCUAAAAAGGCUAAAAUGAGAAAAUAAGUGUUUAGCUGUUUCGGUUGCUAUCUUCGCUUUCGAGUCUCCGACCACUUUACAAGUCGUAUCUUGUUUUUAAUGUUUUUAUGACAAAAUCUCGCGGGCAGGGACUUUCAAAUGAAUAUUUCAAAAUUCUUAAUUACUAAAUUUUUUAUUUUUUUCAGACAAGUGUAUAGCAUAUAAUUGUAGUUGUUUGCUGUUGUUUUCAGUAUUCUGAUAACUCUCGUCGAUAUUUUGUAAAACAAAAUAAAAAAAUUUUGUUAGUUUGAAGACGGAACCCAGAAAACACUUCAGCAGUUGAUAAUUAUUGACGACAGUUUGCAUAAUAUCGAAAACCUCGACGUAGGCCGUAGGUCGCUCGUUAUAUUUGUUGAUCCUUAAACCAAAUAUUGGUUAAAACCAAGACCUGAGACGAACAAUGUUUACUUUUUCUAGCUUUGAUAGUAGUCGUUAUUCUGGACCUUUUUUUUCAUUUUAUUGCUUAACUUUUGAUAACUUUACCAGCCUUUGUACACGUAGUAGAGUGAUUUUUUUGCAGGCUCAUCAGAGUUUUUGAUAAUUUCCUUUUGUAAAUCACACUGGUUACGACCGAACACCACACCACUUGUCAACUUGCCAUCAAGGCGCACGCUGCUGGCAGCUCAACAUCUUAUACAAGAGUAUUUUUGGUGUGACUGGCAAAUUUCGUAACCAAACAUUUCCAAAUAAAUUUUUCGAACAUUUCCGAAUUCGAGCUGGAAGAGGCACUCGAAAAUGGAACUUAAAUUGCAAUGAAACCGUUUUUCGGCUAACAUUGUUUCAUAAAAUGAGAUAAAACACAUAAAAAUAUUUUUAUACCAGGGAAACGUAUCUAGCAAAUGCAAAACAACUCAAAUUUACAGUUUCCAUAAAAAACGUAAAUCACCAUUUUACAGCGACAUUUACAGAAAUAGAGAACGGACAAAAUAAGAACACGUCAGAUACUGUGCAACGGCAUAAGAAUAAAUUAUUAAUUAAUUAUUAGAACAUGUCAGGUGACCCUGAGCAUAAUAUAAAACUACACAAAAUCGAAUGGAUUGAGGGUGAAUUAAUUUUUUAACAUUCAUAAAUGCGUGAUUUUACUGUGCAAAAUGCGACUUCAAAUGAACGUGAAGGUGUGCUAUCAUUUUACGUGACUCGACUUCGACGAAGUUACUAAGUUACUUGAUGUGAAGGUGACCGAAACUCACUGCACAACGUGACAUGAACAUGACCUUUACGACAUGACCCUUACUCGACAUUAACGUGACCUAAACUCACUGCACUACGCGACUCGAGGUGAACAUGGCCUUACCUCACUGUAGUACGUGACUUGACGUGAACAUGACCUUACCUCACUAUACUACGUGACUUGACGUGAACAUGACCUUACCUCACUGUACUACAUGACUUGACGUGAACAUAACCUUACCUCACUGUACUACGUGACUUGACGUGAACAUGACCUUACCUCACUGUACUACUAACUUGACGUGAACAUGACCUUACCUCACUGUACUACGCGACUCGACGUGAACAUGGCCUUACCUCACUGUAGUACGUGACUUGACGUGAACAUGACCUUACCUCACUAUACUACGUGACUUGACGGGAACAUGACCCAACCUCACUGUACUACGUGACUUGACGGGAACAUGACCUUACCUCACUGAACUACGUGACUUGAGGUGAACGUGACCUUACCUCACUGUACUACGCGACUCGAGGUGAACAUGACCUUACCUCACUGUACUACGCGACUCGAGGUGAACAUGACCUUACCUCACUGUACUAAGUAACUUGACGUGAACAUGACCUUACCUCACUGUACUACGCGACUCGAGGUGAACAUGGCCUUACCUCACUGUAGUACGUGACUUGACGUGAACAUGACCUUACCUCACUAUACUACAUGACUUAACGUGAACGUGACCUUACCUCACUGCACUACGUCACUUGACGGGAACAUGACCCAACCUCACUGUACUACGUGACUUGACGGGAACAUGACCUUACCUCACUGAACUACGUGACUUGACGUGAACGUGACCUUACCUCAUGUACUACGCGACUCGAGGUGAACAUGACCUUACCUCCUUGUACUACGCGACUCGAGGUGAACAUGACCUUACCUCACUGUACUACGUGACUUGACGUGAACAUGAACUUACCUCACUGUACUACGCGACUCAAGGUGAACAUGAACUUACCUCACUGUACUACGCGACUCGAGGUGAACAUGACCUUACCUCACUGUACUAAGUAACUUGACGUGAACAUGACCUUACCUCACUGUACUACGCGACUCGAGGUGAACAUAACCUUACCUCACUGUACUACGUGACUUGACGUGAACAUGACCUUACCUCACUGUACUACGCGACUCGAGGUGAACAUGACCUUACCUCACUGUACUACGCGACUCGAGGUGAACAUGACCUUACCUCACUGAACUACGUAACUUGACGUGAACAUGACCUUAUCUCACUGUUCUACGCGACUCGAGGUGAACAUGACCUUACCUCACUGUACUACGUGACUUGACGUGAACGUGACCUUACCUCACUGUACUACGUCACUUGACGGGAACAUGACCCAACCUCACUGUACUACGUGACUUGACGGGAACAUGACCUUACCUCACUGAACUACGUGACUUGACGUGAACGUGACCUUACCUCAUUGUACUACGCGACUCGAGGUGAACAUGACCUUACCUCACUGUACUACGCGACUCGAGGUGAACAUGACCUUACCUCACUGUACUACGUGACUUGACGUGAACAUGAACUUACCUCACUGUACUACGCGACUCAAGUUGAACAUGAACUUACCUCACUGUACUACGCGACUCGAGGUGAACAUGACCUUACCUCACUGUACUACAUGACUUGACGUGAACAUAACCUUACCUCACUGUACUACGUGACUUGACGUGAACAUGACCUUACCUCACUGUACUACGCGACUCGAGGUGAACAUGACCUUACCUCACUGAACUACGUAACUUGACGUGAACAUGACCUUAUCUCACUGUACUACGCGACUCGAGGUGAACAUGACCUUACCUCACUGUACUACGUGACUUGACGUGAACGUGACCUUACCUCACUGUACUACGUCACUUGACGGGAACAUGACCCAACCUCACUGUACUACGUGACUUGACGGGAACAUGACCUUACCUCACUGAACUACGUGACUUGACGUGAACGUGACCUUACCUCACUGUACUACGCGACUCGAGGUGAACAUGACCUUACCUCACUGUACUACGCGACUCGAGGUGAACAUGACCUUACCUCACUGUACUACGUGACUUGACGUGAACAUGAACUUACCUCACUGUACUACACGACUCAAGGUGAACAUGAACUUACCUCACUGUACUACGCGACUCGAGGUGAACAUGGCCUUACCUCACUGUACUACGUGACUUGACGUGAACAUGAACUUACCUCACUGUACUACGCGACUCAAGGUGAACAUGAACUUACCUCACUGUACUACGCGACUCGAGGUGAACAUGACCUUACCUCACCGUACUACGUGACUUGACAUGAACAUGAUCUUACCUCACUGUACUACGUCACUUGACGGGAACAUGACCUAACCUCACUGUACUACGUGACUCGAGGUGAACAUGACCUUACCUCACUGUACUACGCGACUCGAGGUGAACAUGACCUUACCUCACUGAACUACGUAACUUAACGUGAACAUAACCUUACCUCACUGUACUACGUGACAUGACGUGAAAAUGACCUUACCUCACUGUACUACGUCACUUGACGGGAACAUGACCUUACCUCACCGUACUACGUGACUUGACAUGAACAUGACCUUACCUCACUGUACUACGUCACAUGACGGGAACAUGACCUAACCUCACUGUACUACGUGACUCGAGGUGAACAUGACCUUACCUCACUGUACUACGUGACUUGACGUGAAUUGACCUUACCUCACUGUACUACGUGACUCGAAGUAAACGUGAACUUACCUCACUGUACUACGCGACUCGAGGUGAACAUGACCUUACCUCACUGUACUACAUGACUUGACGUGAACAUAACCUUACCUCACUGUACUACGUGACUUGACGUGAACAUGACCUUACCUCACUGUACUACGUAACUUGACGUGAACAUGACCUUACCUCACUGUACUAGGCGACUCGAGGUGAACAUGGCCUUACCUCACUGUAGUACGUGACUUGACGUGAACAUGACCUUACCUCACUAUACUACAUGACUUGACGUGAACAUGACUUUACCUCACUGAACUACGUGACUCGAGGUAGACGUGACCUAAGCUAACUGUACUACUUGACUUGACAUGAACAUGACCUUAACGACAGUACUUCGUGACUCGAGCUGAACGUGACCUAAACUAUCUCUGUACUACCAAACUAAUGUUCUAUGUGAUACAAUAUGGGCAUGACUAACUUUCUACAUGAAUUGGGUAUGUUCUUAACCAAACUGCCCUACGCGACUAGAUAUUUGCGUGACCAAACUAUCUACGUGACUUACAGUUAAGUAAUUUUAUCAUCAUCAUUAGCAGCGCUGUAAGCAUGACCGACCUGACGUAACAAAUCGGAUCGAUUUAAAAUGACUAAUUCUUACGCAACAACGAUUGUUACACAAUCUAAAAAAGGACUUGAAAUAAAUCAAAUAUAAUAAUCAGGCCAAUAUGGACGAAAACACUUCACGUUACAUAACAUUUAUGACAUGACAUGACAUGAUAUUCGACUGUAAUUCUAUUUAAAUCGAUAUGGCCUAGCUCUUAAUGGUAGAAAUGUAUUAUGGGUAUCCCUGAUAGAGCCGCUAUAAAUGAUUAAUAGCAUUUAAUGUGUUUUAAGGUUGACUCAGAUAACCUUUUUUUCAAUUUUUAUGUUGCGUAGUUAACGGUACGACAACAUGUUUUUCUGGGGAUGUGGCUCUGGAUAUUUCUUUAUAUAGAAAAAGUUGCAUAAUUUGUUUAAUGUAGCUUCAAUAGACAAAUCUUCCAAUAACGCAAAAAUUUACAAAAAGGCGAGAAAGUAGGUGCUUUAGGAUUCAUUCGCUUAAAAAUUUCCACGUUUACAGCGUUAAAAUUCCUUUGGAAUACUCACAGAAUCUGCCAAAAAUACCAUUUAUAGUGCAAGAUCAUUUACUGGGCAACGUGCCCAUUUCAGUACAGAGGAAUAGUUAAGAUACUCGAGACUUUAGAUACUUAGAAGUUUUAAAGUUUAAGAACUUUAGAAGUUUAGAUACUUACAUAAAAGAGUACAAACAAAUAAUCAACGUGCUAACGACUGCAGAAAUGUCUUUGUAGACAUGAAUCAUGGUGAGACAUGGAGCAAGUAUUUAUUCACGAAUAUUAGUGUGCUUCCGUGGAGAAUCUGUCAGUAACUCACGGCCUUAUGGACAACAGAUAGACGCGACGUGAGCAAGUAUUUAUUCACGAAUAUUAGUAUGCUUCCGAGCAGAGUCUGUCAGUAACUCAGGGCCUUAUGGACAACAGAUAGACGCACAAGGCGGAUACAGGAACUCUGCUGCUUUUCAAGUUUAAACUUUGUUUACGCCUCGUUUACGCUUUGUUUAUCCUCUUGUUUAUGGCAUGUUUACGCUUUCCGCUCCUUGAAGCCCUGGGUUGCAGAAGAUGUGGAAAUGGAAGGGGUAUUGUAUUUGUUUAAAAUAGUGAAUGGAAGCAUUAUAUGCAGUUAUAUUCUAGAACUAAUGUUCAAGUUCGUGAAGAUGUAUAUCUUACCGUAAGCCAAUAUACAAGUCUCAAACAGGAUUUUAGUGAAAUCCUGUCGCAAAGGACAUAGACGAUGGCGAAAGCUGUCAUUACUAAGAGAGCUGAAUUAGAUGCACAGAGUUUUCUAACGUUUGUUCUUUGAAAAAUGUUCGUAAUAAUUACUAAGUGGUCCUUUGAACAGGUCUCCGCUAUAAUCCUUUUUUUAAAUUUCAGCUAUAAGCUUUGUUUGCUUAUUUUAUAAAUUUAAAAGUAAAGAGCAAUGUCAUUGGUGGCUAGCUAAGCAAGUCUUGAGAUGAUAGCGAAAUAAAAUUUUCAAUGAUGAACAAUUGACAAAAAAACUUUCAUUUGAAAAGCCACAAGGCAUUGUUCUUUAUGUAGUGAACUUAAAAAGACAAUACGAAAUAUUAGCAAAUGUGUUCAAGCAUGUUAAACGUAUUGUGAAUUGUAAAUUCAUGUGUUAAAUAAAUUAAACAUUACAGAUAA